AUGUUGUCCUUUCCACCGCAUUGUAGCCAUAAAUUACAACCGUUGGAUGUGUCAGUCUUUGGUCCGUUCAAAAAGUAUUGCGCUGCUGCUCAAGAUGCAUGGCUACGAAACAACCCGGGAAAAACCCUUACUAUACCAAAAAUUGUCGUUGAUUUGUUGCCGUUUGCUCAGACAAGUAUAAAUAUUGUCAACGGUUUCCGAAAGACAGGCAUCUUCCCAUAUAAUGCAAACAUUUUUGGUGAGGAUGAGUUUUCACCAUCAUUUGUAACUGAUCGUUCUGAACAAGAAACUAUCGAGCCGGAAAAAGAUCAUCCAGAGCAAGCUGUGAUGUCCAGCACUGAACUUAAUCCCACUCCUUCUGCCUCCACCAGCCAAGCUGAACCCGAGCCUGGUCCAAGCAACAAAGAAAACGAGACGAUCGAUCUAACACAAGUAUUUUCCCCGGAAAUUGUGCGAACAUACCCAAAGGCUAGCCCUAGAAAAGCAGCUAAAACUAACAGAAGAAAGAGGAAAACUGCAAUACUAACAGACACUCCCGAAAAGAACGCUUUAGAAGAGCAGCAAAAUAAAACCACAAAAAAAGUUAAGAAGCCAAAGAAGAACAUGGAUAAGAAAAGAAAGAAGAGUGUCUGUAAAAAAAUACUCCAGUCAAGUGAUGAAAGUGGUGAUGAUGAUUAUUCCUGUCUGAUUUGUUGCGAAGGCUAUUCUGAAAGCUUACCAGGAGAAAGUUGGAUCCAGUGUCAAGCUUGCAGGGAAUGGGCACAUACAAAAUGUGUUCCAGGUGCUGGUGUUACUUUCGUUUGUGUCAAUUGCAACAGUGACAACGACGAUUAA